AUGGAAAUUUGCCAGGAACUUUCCGCCCCCUUCUGCAACCGCAUACUCAUGAGCAAUGCAUCCGUUUCCAACAGGUGUUUGCUGGAAGACGGAGGAAGUAUUUUCCCUGCAAAGAUCGUGGUGCAGGGUAUUCUGGUGGAGUCGGACACGUUGCUGCUGGAGAGUGCCGUCCAGGGUCAGGAGGCGACGCUGGGGUUCAACAUCGCUCCGUUCAUCAACCAGUUCACUGUACCGGUACAUGUGUUUUUGGACUUCUCUACACUGGAGUGCAGGCAUCUCAGUGAGUUUGUGGAGCUCUUUGUUCUGGACCUGAUGGAAUCCACCGCCAACUACACCAACAGAGAAGUAAAGGUCCAGGCGACGUCGGCAGGCAGAGUUACAGCCAUUCCCUUCUGGUACCAGAUCCACCUGGACCAGGAGAUCAGCGUCAGCACCCUCAGCCAGAACUCCCACUGGAAGCAGGCGGCCGUGGUGCUGCAGCAGCCUCUGAGGGUGCAGGCCGGAGACUGGGUGCGCCUCGCUGUGAAGCUUCAGAAGAGUGCCAUCUCCAUAUCAGCACACAUAGAGAAUCCCCCCGGACCAAUGGAACAAUAAUCUCUCACCGUAUUUUAGCAAUUAAGUUUCAUUUCGAUGUAUGUUUACCCUCAAUUAAAUAGAGGCUCAUAGGGAAGUGCAUUAAACACUAUGCAGUGAUUUUCUGGUUACAUUUAAAGAUCCAACUUCUGUAGCGUCGUUUUCCAUCGAUGUAAAAACCUGUCUUCAACGUUUUUUCUGUUUUGAGCUUUAGUAGAAUCCUACAUGAGCCACGCCAUUGGGGAAUCAUCCCCUUCUUAAAGCAUCUGUAACGAUCACACUUUAAGUCAUGUUUUUAUUUCUACAUUGUGCCAUAAAAUAAUAGGACAUUUAAACUUGUACUUAUAAAUAUAUUAUUUGUAAGUAUAUAAAUAUUAUAGAUGUCCCUUGAUUAUGGAAACAGUUGUUUUUGUAAAGCUGUAUGUUGGUAUCAAUUUAAAAAAGUUAAAGAAUUAAUGUCAUUUUUCUUAAUAAAUGCAAGACAAAAGAAUUUGUAAUUUAUCUGAUUUAUUGAAGAGAAUGUCAGAAUUUAAAUGUGGAAUCAUUUACAUCAGCUCUGAUGUCAUCCUGUCAGUUUUAUUGAAGAACAAAAAUGAUAUAAGGCAAUGUGCUUUAGUCAGACAUGAUGCAGGUUAUGCUGAUAUUUCCAUACAUUUGUGUCUUUUUUCGGACAAACUGAUAUCAUACACUUGCAUUAAAUAUUUCAAUAUCCCUGCUCAAAAUAAAUCAUGUAACAACAUUGACAAAAGAAGAAGACAAGACAUGGUCAUUCCAGCUCAAAUCAAAGGUAACAUCUCAUCAAAUAAAACAGAUCAUGGAAUAUAAAGGCUGUGUUGAUGUAGUGGCUGCAGUAGUUCCACGGCACAUGUAACAAGGCAUCACAUGUUUCAGUUAGCUGUGUGCAUU